AUGACUCAUUCAAACCGUAGCUGCCAUUGGGAAUUUACCUCACUUAUCAUUCUUGUGACUGAUCACCAUCUUGUAAUCCUCUUGAUUUGGCAUGAAACAACUUUAAACGCCAAAAUGAACCCAACGGCCUCAUGGCGCCCCAUGUACAACCACGAUCUCUCGGCUGUCAUGCUUGUUGCUGAUGAGAUCCACCCCGGUCUCCCUGAAGGUGCUUCUGUUUUCGCAGAGCGGGUAGAACUCUUCCCUGAGGGAUGCUUCGUUCUGGAAUCAAGGCAGGAGAUUUGCGGCUAUAUCAUAUCACAUCCCAUUCGACGACAUUGCCCUCCCGCUCUGGAUACCCUGCUCGUUGAGAUACCCCCGACUGCCGACCACUAUUACAUUCACGACCUCGCCAUUCUCCCUUCAUUCCAGGGACGUGGAUUAGCUGCCGAAGGUAUCAAGAAGGUUUUGGACGUUGCGCGCAACUGCCGCACUACCUGUCUUAUCUCAGUGUACGGCACACUGGCCUUUUGGAAACGAUUUGGGUUCGAGCCUGGGAUGGAUGACGCAGACAUGUCAGCAAAAUUGAGAGGAUAUGGCAACGAUGCCAUGUAUCUAGAGUGCCAGAACACAACAGAACAAGCUCCAGUCUGA